AUGGCAGAAUCCGUCUUUCCACUCACGCUCGACGACACAUCCCCCACAAUUGCAUACGCACCUUUCGCCGACACUUUUGGACUGCCCAAUCUGACGGCAGGAUGGAGCCCAUACUACACUGAUUCUGGCUUCUCCACCGACUCUGGUCCCUCGUCCUCGAGCUCUGGCGUUAGUAACGUCGGGAACGGCACGAGCUUGCAUGUGACUGCACACGACGGUGCACAAUUCGCUAUCCGCUGGAACGGCACUGCUAUCAGUAUCCACGGUACUGUGACUGCCCCCUCUUCGAGCGCGUUCACGUACUCGGUAUCGCUGGACGGCAUCUCCACUACAAACUACUUAUCUUCAAUAUCUCAAGUACCGUCUGUCAACACUGCCAGCACAGACAUUCUCGCGCAAUUCGCGAACCUCACAGACACGUCGCACGAGGUUGUAUUAACUGUCCAUAUUCCUGGGAUGUCAAGCAAAGUUAGCACCACUAACCUCGACGCUGUGGUCGCAUUUGACCGCGCUGUCAUCGAUAUGGACGGCUCUGGGAGCCAAGCUACGCCCACUUCAUCACAACUUCCUUCGGCCACCAGCAUACCGACGACCACCAGCGUGCCCGACAACCUGAUCUCGUACCGGGGGCAAUGGUCCUACGAACCGAGGCUCCUCCCGAACUCUCCCAGCUCCGCAUUUCACACGAGCACGAGUGUGGGAGACACCGCCUACGUCAACUUCAAUGGGUUGCUGAAAAUGCUAUUGUGCUGCGUACGUCGCCGUCGUGAUCCGCCUCUGCCGGCGGACGGCACCUUUGUUUGCGUCCUCGCCUUCGCCUUGAGGCCGCCUGCGUACGGCACGGCAGUGACUCUCGCUGGUCUGACGACACCGUCCUCAGGAAGAUACAAUAUUACGCUCGAUAAUACCUCUUAUUCGACUUUGUCCGCACGCUCGUCUUUCACCGCGUCCACGCCAACUAUUCUGUUCUACGCCUCCGAUCUCGAUCCAGAGGCUAUGCACUCCCUGGAGAUCACUAAUGCGGGACCCGCAGUUGGAGAGGAAACCAGCUAUUUAGUUGUGCUAGCGGGAGGGGUAAACGUCACUACCUUAACGCCACCAGGACCUGCUGCCACGCCUGUAGGAGCGACUUCGACUUCGUCAAGUCUGGCUCGCGGAACCGUUGCAGCUAUCACAAUAGGAGCAACGUUGGCCGUGAUAGCAGCCAUUGGGCUCGUCGCGAUGCUCGUGUUGUGGCGAAGACGAAUCACUCGGAGAAAGCAGAGCUUCAUCGAGAACCCGCAGGUAGGCUACUGGCGGACGAAUUGGCGAAGAUGGUUCGGUCCUGGAUCGACGCAGCCCGAGUACGCGCAUGGACCAGGGGCCGGCACCGAGAAGCACGACAUGUGGGAGGACGGUCGGAGGCGGUCACGGACAGGGGUGCUCAACAUCGGCAUGUACCGUGACGACGACGAGAAGAUGGAAGGGGGCGUGGAGAGAGGGCAGGCGAAGGGGAAGGCGGUCACCCGUCCCCGACACGCGUCACAAAAUUCUGACGGGAGCUUUUCUAUCGAGCUUCCCGAGCUGUCCUCGACGCCGCUCGAGUAUCCGCCCCAUCCGUUCCCCUCAACUCCACAGCCUCUCUCUUUGAUGUCGCAGAUCUCGACCGUUCCUCGCGUCGCCCCUUCCACAUCGCUACGAAGUGCGCGCCCCCGAGGGCCGCGAGACAUGCACGGGCGGGAUAGCAGUCGAGGGAUUUUGUUGUCGGAAGCUAUUUCGCCAAUGUCCGAGGAUGAGGGGGAAGAUGACAUACCUGCGCUCAGAGUCGAGUUCGCGCAGGAACAGCGGCGGCCGGAAAGGCGCACGGAGAGAUACCUGAGUGCCGGCGGUCUGUCAUUGCCCCACUCUCUCAUGCAGGCUCUGUCUCGCAGCAGAGACGCGGAGGAUGAGAAUGGAGCAGGCCCAUCCGGGGAAUCGCGGCCGUCCACAUUCCUCUCCUUCCUUGACUUCUCAUCCUCGUCUUCGAGCUCGGUGUCGGGCGGCCGCUCACGCUCGCUUCGUCGGUCUGCUUCCAACUCUCGCUCCAACUCGACUCGCUCCAGCCGCAAAUCACGGCGCAACACGGGCAGCGAGCGCAGCACCAACAGCACAGCCCCGCCAGAGCGGCGCAUGUCAUUGGGGCUGUCUAUGACGGUAGGCGGCGGGCCCACAGCCAGUCGUCCGUCCCUGACCCCUGACAUCUCCCUCCGGGUCGUUCCUCUUCCACCACCUGUCGCGAUACCGUCGGAUGUGCAUCCACGAGACGUCUCGUUCGUCUCAGAAACCGACCCCGAUCAAAUGGGCAUGCCAUCUCCCACCGACUCGCUCCCGCUGACCAUGUCCGAGAUCCAUUUCCGACACUCGGUUCAUUCGGCGAUGUCGCAUGUAACGGAGUCUCGCCGGACGAGCGCAAUCAGGAGCAGCAACCCCCAUCCCCCGCAUCCGCCGCUACCCGUGAUGUCCUCCUCUUCAUCGCCUUCGUCGCUGAUAGCGGGCACGCAUACGCGCGACGGUUCCCAGGUCAUACGAUCGACCAUUGUGCAGAAGCUCAUGGGCCUUCCUGUGACGGAUUCAACCGCUAGCACGCCAGCUGUCACGCCGACGACUGCGACUGUCCCGAGCAGCCCGCCUGCGCCUCCAGAACCCGGUCCUAGCACGUCGGGCACGCCAGCCACCUCCAGCUUGGGACAUCGAACAGGAUUUAGCUUUAGUUUAGGCAGGCAUCGAUAG